UUUACGUGGUGACGUGUACCGGAAGACAUGCUAGCUAGCCUGGCUGACAGGAGAGCUCUCGCUGUGAGUAUAAAAACACGUUAGCGGUGGUUCAGUGUUAUUUACCGUCGGUUUAAUAAAACCCCCGGCCCGUGUGGACAUAUAUGUAGCUGAGCCACAUUCAGAAGUUAGAACAAAUGCGGAAGUUCAGCGCUAGUGUACGUUUAGCUUAGCCAGUCCUAGCUGUCACAGCCGCUGACACGCCAUCACCGCUGGGCUCGUCUCAUCGCUGCGGACAGGUGUGAAGUUCCUGUGGGGCCACUGAAACAAUGGCCAGCCCAAAUGAUCUCCAGUUCCAAGAGUUUGAGGAAGCGGCAGAGCUGUUGUCUGCAGACCCAGAGGCCUCCACACUCAGUCUGUCUGCCUCAGACAACUCAGCUAGAGCAGGAGGGGGCGAGGAUGUGAAAUUGGACCUAUCAGAGGAUGAGGAGGGUGAGGAGGAGAGUUCGGAGCUGUUGGGUGGACAGAAACCAAGUGGUGGCUUCUGGACCUUUGAGUACUAUGCGUCUUUCUUCAAUGUGGACACUGUACAGGUACUGGACAGAGUGAAGGGAUCGGUGUUGCCGUUACCUGGAAGAAACUUUAUCAAGCACUACCUUAGAUCUAACCCAGAUCUAUAUGGUCCAUUCUGGAUCUGUGUGACACUGGUGUUCUCAGUGGCGAUAAGUGGGAACCUGUCCUCCUUCAUCAGUGAGAUGGGAGACCCUGCCUACCACUACAGGCCACAGUUCCACAGAGUAACGAUAGCUGCAGUCGUGAUCUUCUUGUACGCCUGGCUGGUGCCAAUUGGUUUAUGGGGUUUCCUUACGUGGCGGCAAGGGACAGAGAGACAGAUUGGAGGCUAUUCUUUCCUGGAGACAGUGUGUGUCUACGGCUACUCCCUCUUCAUCUACAUUCCCACCUCAGUUUUGUGGAUCAUCCCAUUUGAGUGGUUGCGCUGGACACUGAUCCUGGUUGCCAUGGUGAUCUCUGGCUCAGUCCUGGUCCUCACCUUCUGGCCCGUUGUCCGUGACGACACCAAGGUGAUGGCUGUGGCCACAGUUGCGACCAUAGUGGUUUUGCACACGCUGUUGGCAAUAGGCUGUAAGAUGUACUUCUUCCAGACAGCCGUCCAUGCACCACCACCACCACCAGCAGCCCCUACAACACCCGCUAUUCACAUUACACUCACCACCAAACCCCACUGACCAAAGGCAGGGAGACAGGAGACGAAGGCUGUUAUGUUUGGAAUCACAGGUUUAAAAUUGUGUUUUGAUAUUUAAUCAUGUGGAUUAUUGUCAUUGUGUGAUUUGUUGUACGCUCCCCUUGUGAGUUGGGAUGGGUGUGUGUGUGUGUGUGUGUAUGUUUGUAUGUUUAAUUUAUCCAGAGGGUGGUUCUAUCAUAGCUGAUGUAGACCUGCAAUAACUGAACAUUGCUACUGUGAUGUUUCAGGAUGUGCUGCAUGUACAUGGUCUAGAAUGACUUCCUCAACACUGUGAUUUCCCUCAUUUCAUCAGCAAGACUGGAAAAAAAAAGAGAAAGUGUAAAAUUGCUAAAGCAGUCAUAAAUCCAUGUUGCUGCCAAUCGCUCCUUUUACGGGUGCUAAGAAAGCACAUACCUCAACCAGGGCUAACACCCUAUUACGCAACAUUGAAAGUAAAAAAUAAUAAUCCUGGAUUUAUUAAGAACUGCUUCAAAAUAUAUCUUCUUCCUUGAGUCAUACCACUGAAUUUAAUGGACCUGGUUCUGUAGUUUGAGUCAUUGCUGACAAACAGCAAUAAAAACAUAAACUUAUUGGGGGAGGUAACUGGUUAGUUUGAUAAAUUCAUAGUCAGUUUGCCACAUAGGAUGCAUGCUGAUCCAAGAAAGUGAUGACGAAGCUCCUAGUUUGCUGGUGACUGUGUGGGCUGUUUAUAGUGAAUAAAGCUGUACAAACAACGGCCCCUGAUUCCUAGCUGACUGAGGUCAAGUGAAAUUCCGUCUCAAGUCUUCACAUGUUCACGUCAUCACAAUGAAUCACACCGACUCAGCCUCUUUGUGCAUAUUUAUUGCUGAGUAAGUGAACGUGGUAAUCAUUAUACCUGCUGAACAUCAGCAUGUUAACAUUGUCACUUUGUGUUUUUGUCAGUAUCAGUUUGCAUUAGCGUUAGCACAGCCUCAUGGGACCGACAGCAUAGGAAUCGAACCUCAGUCUCUUUCCUUCAUUAACAUCAGGAUGUUUUUCUGUCGACCUUGCAGCACAAAAUGAAACCUUCUCCUAACUUCACUCAUGCUUAAAUUAUCUCCCUAAAACUGAAAAGAUUAAGACUUCGCAUUACUAAUCCGGCUCAUUUAUUCCCAUGAGGCAGCGUGUUCCAGUCACAGAUGCAGCAGAGGAAGUUGUUCCAGACUGAAGUGCAGUGUAGUGAAUGUGUUUGAUGAGUGAACAGAGCUUAGCCUCUGAGCCUUCACUUACAAAAUGACUCCAGUUGUGUUGAGAUGAUUUAUUGUAAAUUGAGGAAGGAGUUUGUUAUCAUCACAUUGAUGCAGGUUUUUCUGUUAAUAAACAGGCUCUCUUCUGCUUGUCAAGCUUGUCAUCAAA